AUGGUCUCUUUUAAUACUCUUGUCAUUACUUCUGCUGCCAUUGCUUCAGUCCAUGGUCAAAACAUGGUACAAUCCAUUGCCGACAAACUGGCCAGUGCUAUGAUCCAGAACCGCAACUCCAAUGUUCCUGAGGUUGUUGCUCGAGAUGAGGUCAACAAAAUUGUUGGUUUUGUUACCACUGAUUCUCACUUGUCUGCCUAUUAUGAGAGUGCAAUGCAAACCGGUGACCAUUCUGUCUUUAAUCCUGCUCUUGCAUCUGCUUACCUGACCAGUAUUGGGUCAGUUGUCAGUUCUGUGACUCGUAAGCCCGACUUUUAUCAGAUGAUUAACUCUGCUCGUCACAAUACAAACAACUAUAACGUGGAUCAGAUCAUGACAACUGCCAAUAAUGAGGUUGCUCCCCACGUUCGCAGCGCUUAUUCCAAGAUUUCUGCCGUAUCUGCAACAGAUGCUGGGGUAUCAUCACUUGCACAGAGCUUGUCUCGCGACUUUAUGGCUGUUGCUACUAAAGUACUACUCAAUUCUUUUGGUGGCAGUUUUAUGGUGGAUGCCAAUGGUGAGGAGCAACUCAACAUGGCUCUGUUUUUGGAAAAUUAUCCUGGGAUCAAUGAGUUUUGGGGAGAGCAAGAGAAUGGACUUGGUAAGGAGAACAUUGUUGUUAAUGUUUAA